AUGCAGGAGCAGGUGAUCCCUGCGGCGUUGGUCAGACCUGGCGUGGUGACGGGGGGAGACCUACCAGCAGCCUGGAAGCAUCCUGCGCUGUUGAGUUUCGAGGGCACGAUGGUUUCACAGAAGGACGAGGAGGAAGACUCGAAGCCAGUUUGGUCUUCGAUGGACUCCAGCACAUGGGCAACACAUUGCAUGAGGGGUGCGCCCAUGCCGCCCGACCGCCGAGUACACGAACGCCAUCUCGUGGUGCUUGAUCAGUUCCGGCGACAUGUAGAGGGCGCAUCCCGAGAGUUCGCGGAGAUCCUGGAGUCGUGCCGCUAA